AUGACUUGCAUGAACCGAGCUCGAAGGGCCAGCAACACAUUAUCCGGCAUGCCAUCCGCGCACACCGGUCUGCUAGCUCUCGUCAUCAUUGGGUUGUUCACCAACGAGAGAGUUUCAUUUCUCGGUCCAGUCCCCCCCCCUCCUCCCGAAAUCACACCCUGUGCCGAUGCAUCGCUGCCAAUGCACUGCCUCGAACUCAUAUUGAGGAUAACCCCACCGAACCUUUCAGGCCGCGGAAGCCAGCCCCGUUGA